UUGGAGAGCAAUGUUAACAUCUCAUCGUAUGGAUCACUGAAUGGGUAAUAAAUGGCCCUUCCUCGUCUCACAGGAGCGUUGCGCUCCUUUUCAAAUAUCACUAAACAAGAUGAUUAUAGUGAAGAAUCUGCUGACUUAACGAACAAAAGAUCACACUUACAAGAACAGUUAUUGCGCUCUGAUCUUAGCUGGAAGAAAAUAGUGAGAUUUAUUGAUGAAAAUUCAGAGAAGGGAAAACAACAGUCUCUACAUGGAGAUUUAAGGACAAUAUUGCAAGCUGCCAAACAAUUAGUGGGAUGUGAGAACGGUCAAGAAGCUAUUGAAAGUGGUGCUGUUUUCCUGUUCAAAACGCUUUACAUGAAAGAGUAUGUUGGUCAUGAAGAUACCAAAGCCAUUAAACAGAUGUUUGGCCCCUUUCCAUCGUCAGCAGCUACCGCAGCCUGUAAUGCUGCCUCUCGGAUUGCUUCUCACUUCACUGAAGAGCAGCUCAUUGCCCUACUGCAGACAGCAGAAGAGCAAAACGGUGGCACACCAUGGCACUUUGGUAGAAACACUGUGUUUUCAUUUGACAUGCAUGACUUGGACCACUCUGAAGAACUGCCAGUGAAUGGUGAAGUGGACGGGCAGAAAUUUAUCAGCUUGGAUUACAAGAAAUUUCUGCAUAGCAAUUUAGAACACUUCCCAAAUGGUUAUGAUGAAAGCUUGAUGAAGCCGUCAGACAAGGUGGAUGAUUCUUUUCUGUGGUGUGAGGUUGGAAAGUAUCUGAAUGAAUCACUAAAGGAGGCAUCUGGAGGCCCAACAAUGGAACAUCUUUGCUGCACUUUGUAUGAGAUGCUGGCGUCAGCUAAAAGUGGUGAUGAGCUUCAGAAUGAGUUGUUUGAGCUUCUAGGACCUGAAGGAUUAGAACUCAUAGAGAAGCUCCUACAGAACAGAUCUACAAUUGUGGAGAGAUCAUUCUCUGGGGCAAAUGAUUAUAAACUGCAGUCUCUGCAAGAACAGUGCAAGAAGUUUGCUGGAGAAAACACUAAACCCAAUUAUGGUUGUCAAGUCACAAUCCAGUCUGAACAAGAGAAGCAGUUAAUGAAACUAUGUCGUCGGGAAGAGAAACGAAAUGCCAGGCGAGAAAAACGGGCUGGGGACGAUGGAGAAAUUUAUGGAGAUGGACUAAUGAGCUUUGAUCCCAAGGAGCUGCGGAUGCAAAGAGAACAAGCGCUAUUGAGUGCUCGCACAAUGCCAACCCUUGGCAGACAGAGAGAUUCAGACUUUGAAAGAAUUCAUUACCCACAUGUUUACGACUCGCAAGCUGAGGCUAGGAAAACAUCAGCAUUUAUUGGAGGAGCAAAGAUGCUUUUGCCAGAAGGUAUUGAAAAAGAAAAUAAUAAAAUGUACGAAGAAGUAAAGAUCCCUCACACUGAACCAAUGCCUAUUGGUUUUGAGGAAAAACCAGUUUAUAUGAAGGACUUGGAUGAGAUUGGACAACUUGCUUUUAAAGGCAUGAAAAGGUUAAAUCGAAUCCAGUCCAUAGUUUUUGAGACUGCCUACAACACAAACGAGAACAUGCUAAUUUGUGCGCCCACUGGAGCUGGAAAGACUAACAUUGCAAUGUUAACUGUCUUACAUGAAAUUCGUCAGCACGUUCAGCAAGGUGUUAUCAAAAAGGAUGAAUUUAAGAUAGUUUAUGUUGCUCCAAUGAAGGCAUUGGCAGCUGAAAUGACAAAUUACUUCAGCAAGCGUCUGGAGCCACUAGGCAUCACAGUGAAAGAACUGACGGGCGAUAUGCAGUUGUCAAAAAGUGAAAUUCUGCGAACACAGAUGCUGGUGACCACUCCAGAGAAAUGGGAUGUAGUAACAAGAAAGAGUGUUGGGGAUGUAGCCCUCUCCCAACUUGUGAAGCUCCUUAUUCUUGAUGAAGUACACCUACUACACGAAGACAGAGGUCCUGUGCUAGAGAGUUUAGUGGCACGUACCUUACGUCAGGUUGAAUCUACACAAAGCAUGAUAAGAAUUUUGGGCCUUUCAGCUACUCUACCGAAUUACCUUGACGUUGCUACAUUUUUGCAUGUUAAUCCCUACAUUGGACUAUUUUAUUUUGAUGGCCGUUUUCGGCCUGUUCCACUUGGGCAGACAUUUAUAGGGAUCAAGACAACCAAUAAGGUGCAGCAACUGAAUAAUAUGGAUGAAGUUUGUUAUGAAAAUGUUUUGAAGCAAGUAACAGCCGGACAUCAGGUGAUGGUUUUUGUUCAUGCUCGAAAUGCCACUGUCCGGACUGCUAUGGCUCUUCGUGAAAAAGCCAAAAAUAAUGGCCACAUUUGCUACUUUUUGCCAUCCCAGGGCCCAGAUUAUGGACAAUCUGAAAAACAAGUACAAAAGUCCAGAAACAAACAGCUGCGUGAAAUGUUUCCAGAUGGAUUCAGUAUUCAUCAUGCUGGAAUGCUUCGACAAGACAGAAACUUGGUGGAGAAUUUGUUUUCUCGUGGAUAUAUCAAAGUCUUGGUUUGUACAGCUACGUUAGCCUGGGGUGUCAAUCUUCCAGCCCAUGCUGUUAUUAUUAAGGGAACACAGAUCUAUGCUGCAAAAAGAGGCGCCUUUGUUGACCUUGGAAUUUUAGAUGUCAUGCAGAUAUUUGGCCGAGCCGGACGGCCUCAGUUUGACAAAUUUGGAGAAGGCGUCAUCAUCACAACACAUGACAAACUCAGCCAUUACCUGACUCUGCUUACUCAGCAGAACCCGAUUGAGAGCCAGUUCCUUGAAAGCCUUGCAGACAACUUGAAUGCAGAGGUUGCUCUUGGGACAGUUACAAAUGUCGAGGAAGCAGUAAAGUGGAUAAGUUAUACUUACCUUUACGUGCGGAUGAGAGCAAACCCAUUAGUAUAUGGCAUUAGUCACAAGGCUUAUCAGAUGGAUCCAACUUUAGAGAAGCACAGAGAACAGCUAGUGAUUGAAGUUGGCCGAAAGUUAGACAAAGCCCGGAUGAUUCGCUUUGAAGAGAGAACUGGAUUUUUUUCUUCAACAGAUUUAGGCAGAAUUUCCAGCCACUAUUACAUUAAAUACAAUACUAUUGAGACUUUCAAUGAACUGUUUGAUGCUCACAAAACAGAAGGUGACAUUCUUGCUAUAGUGUCUAAAGCAGAGGAAUUUGAACAGAUCAAGGUGAGAGAAGAAGAAAUAGAGGAACUUGAAGCCUUGCUGUGCGAUUUCUGUGAACUUCCCACUCCUGGUGGUGUGGAGAACAGUUAUGGGAAAAUAAACAUCCUUUUGCAGACCUAUGUUAGCCGAGGAGAGAUGGAUAGUUUUUCCCUUAUUUCAGAUUCGGCUUAUGUUGCACAGAAUGCAGCACGUAUUGUUCGAGCCCUUUUUGAAAUAGCGCUCCGUAAACGAUGGCCUGCAAUGACGUACCGGCUACUAAACCUCAGCAAGGUUAUUGACAAGCGACUGUGGGGUUGGGUCAGUCCUUUGCGACAGUUCUCGAUCCUGCCACCACCAGUCCUUACAAAACUGGAACAAAAGAACCUCACUAUCGAUAAGCUGAAGGACAUGAGGAAAGAUGAAAUAGGUCACAUGCUGCAUCAUGUGAAUAUUGGAUUAAAGGUCAAACAGUGCGUCCAUCAAAUUCCCUCCAUCACAAUGGAAGCUACCGUCCAACCGAUUACACGUACCGUGCUCAGAGUGAGGUUGAACGUCACUUCUGAUUUCAAGUGGAAUGAUCAGGUCCAUGGCACAGGUGGGGAGCCCUGGUGGAUUUGGGUAGAAGACCCCACCAAUGAUCACAUUUACCAUUCAGAAUAUUUUAUUAUUCAAAAAAAGCAGGUCAUUGCAAAAGAAACUCAGCUAUUGGUGUUCACUAUACCAAUCUUUGAACCACUACCGUCCCAAUACUAUAUCCGGGCUGUGUCUGAUAGAUGGUUAGGAGCUGAGGCGGUAUGCAUUAUCAAUUUUCAGCAUCUGAUUCUACCUGAGAGACAUCCACCUCAUACAGAACUACUGGAUCUCCAGCCUUUACCCAUCACAGCUUUGGGAAAUCCCAAGUAUGAAGCUCUGUACAAAUUCUCUCAUUUCAACCCGAUUCAGACCCAGAUAUUCCAUACAUUGUACCAUACAGAUUGUAAUGUUCUCCUUGGUGCUCCCACUGGUUCUGGGAAGACAGUUGCAGCAGAGUUAGCCAUCUUUAGAGUUUUCAACAACUAUCCCACAUCAAAGGCAGUGUAUAUUGCUCCUCUGAAGGCUCUGGUGCGGGAGAGAAUUGAGGACUGGAAAAUUAGAAUUGAAGAAAAGCUUGGCAAGAAGGUUGUGGAAUUGACAGGGGAUGUGACUCCUGAUAUGAGGUCAAUUGCCCAAGCUGACCUUAUUGUGACUACCCCAGAGAAAUGGGAUGGGGUCAGCAGAAGCUGGCAGAAUAGAAGCUAUGUUCAAAAAGUUUCCAUUCUCAUCAUAGAUGAGAUCCAUCUGCUAGGGGAUGAAAGAGGCCCAGUGCUAGAAGUUAUUGUUUCUCGCACUAACUUCAUCUCAUCUCACACAGAAAAGCCUGUCAGAGUCGUAGGUCUGUCCACUGCGUUAGCUAAUGCCAGAGACCUUGCUGAUUGGCUAAAUAUCAGUCAGGUGGGACUGUUCAACUUCAGGCCAUCGGUGCGUCCGGUUCCGUUAGAAGUACACAUUCAAGGCUUCCCUGGCCAGCACUAUUGUCCUCGAAUGGCUAGUAUGAACAAACCAGCAUUUCAGGCUAUUAGGAGCCAUUCCCCAGCCAAGCCCGUUCUUAUCUUUGUAUCAUCGAGACGUCAAACCAGACUCACUGCUUUGGAGUUGAUUGCUUUUCUGGCAACUGAAGAUGAUCCAAAACAAUGGUUGAAUAUGGAUGAAAGAGAGAUGAAUGACAUCAUAGGAACAGUAAGGGAGUCUAAUCUCAAACUAACACUGGCCUUUGGAAUAGGCAUCCACCAUGCGGGGCUGCAUGAGCGAGACAGAAAAACUGUAGAGGAGUUGUUCGUGAAUUGCAAGAUUCAAGUUCUUAUUGCAACUAGCACAUUAGCUUGGGGUGUCAAUUUUCCAGCACAUUUGGUAAUUGUAAAAGGAACAGAAUAUUAUGAUGGAAAAACACGGCGAUAUGUGGAUUAUCCUAUUACAGAUGUUCUUCAGAUGAUGGGACGUGCUGGAAGACCUCAGUUUGAUGACCAAGGCAAGGCAGUGAUUCUAGUUCAUGAUAUCAAGAAAGAUUUCUACAAAAAAUUUCUUUAUGAACCUUUCCCAGUUGAAUCAAGUUUGCUGGAAGUUCUAUCAGAUCACUUAAAUGCUGAAAUUGCAGCUGGAACUGUAUCUUCAAAGCAAGAUGCAAUGGAUUACAUCACAUGGACCUACUUCUUCCGUCGUCUUAUCAUGAAUCCUAGUUACUAUAACUUAGAUGAUAUAAGCCAUGACAAUAUGAACAAGUUCCUUUCAAACCUUGUUGAGAAGUCACUCAUCGACCUGGAAUACUCUUACUGCAUUAAAAUUGAAGAGGAUGACCACACCAUUGAACCUCUCACGCUAGGCCGCAUUGCUUCAUAUUACUAUUUGAAGCAUCCAACAGUAAGAAUGUUCAAGGACCGUUUAAAACCUGAAUGCAGCGUAGAAGAACUUCUCUCAGUUCUCACAGAUGCCGAAGAGUAUGCAGACCUACCAGUGCGCCAUAAUGAAGACCAGAUGAACAGUGAACUGGCCAAACAUGUUGCCAUUGAAGUCAAUCCUCAUUCUUUUGACAGUUCACACACAAAAGCCCAUCUUCUGAUGCAAGCACAUUUUGGUCAUGCCACGUUACCGUGCCCAGAUUAUGUCACUGAUACCAAGACAGUGCUAGACCAGUCAAUUAGAAUAUGUCAGGCAAUGCUGGAUGUUGCAGCAAACCAGGGCUGGUUGGUAACUGCUCUAAAUAUAAGCAGUUUGGUACAGAUGCUGAUUCAGGGACUAUGGAGCCAUGAAUCAACUUUGCUUACUAUACCUAAUGUGGAAUACCAUCACCUUUACCUUUUCAGGAAAUGGAACCGUGGGAAAAGGAAGAGCAGUUACCAAGAGUCUAUUGAAUGUCUUCCUGAACUGGUAGCUGCAUGUGAUGGGAAAGAAAAUAUUUUUGCUUCCAUUGUAGACCGUGAUUUGCAUGCUGCACAUAUUAAACAGGCUUGGCACUUCUUGUCCCAUUUGCCAGUCAUAGAAGUUAAUAUGAUUAUUAAAGGCUGCUGGGAUGAUGCAAUUCACAAACAGAGCGAGGUACCAGUCCCAUUGUUUGCAACGGGCACACGAGAUGACAAAAAGUGGAUUCAGUUACACGCGGAUCAAGAAUAUGUCCUCCAAAUAAACUUGCAGAGGUUGCAUUUUGGACUUACAAAGACCAAACAAGACAGCAAAGCAGUCGCACCUCGAUUUCCCAAAAGCAAAGAUGAAGGGUGGUUCUUGAUCCUGGGAGAAGUGGACAAAAAAGAACUUAUUGCUUUGAAAAGAGUAGGAUAUGUCAGACAUCGGAGUGCCGUCUCAGUUGCAUUUUAUACCCCAGAAGCCCCUGGAAAGUAUAUCUACACAUUGUAUCUUAUGAGCGACAGUUACCUUGGAAUGGACCAACAGUAUGACAUUUAUCUGAAUGUUCUGCCACCAAGCACUUCAGCGCAGGUCAACACAGAGAUCUCUGAUGCCUUAAGUGACCUGGCUCUCAAAUAAGAAGGUCUGUGUAGUCUCUUGU